AUGGCUUCCUCACUCAAAGCCCCAGAGCCGUUUUCGUUUUCGGCUAGUGAUUUGGCCACACAGUGGGCAGUGUGGCGUCGACAGUUCCAGUGGUUUUUGAUAGCCACAAGAAAAGAAGAAGAUGACGAAGAGGUAUUGGUUGGUGUCCUUCUCACGCUUCUUGGCAUUGAGGGUCUCAAAGUGUACGACACGUUUACGUUCGCAACAGAGGGAGAUUCUAAGAAAAUUGAGCCGGUGCUAAACAAGUUUGACGGUUAUUUUGAACCACGCCGCAGUGAGGUAUUCGAACGUUUCAAGUUUUUGCGUCGUCAUCAACAACAGGGAGAGUCGUUCGACACUUGGCUGGUUGACCUGCGAGCAUUAAUAAAAAACUGUAAUUAUGGAGACGCCUCCUCUGCAAUCUUACGUGAUCAAAUAGUGCUUGGUGUGGCUGACGGUAAAGUCCGCGAAAAGUUGUUGUUCGAGAAAGACCUGACCUUGGAAAAAGCGACUGAAAUUACAAGAGCUUGUGAGUCAUCCAAGUCUCAAUUGUCCCAAAUCGAGGCUCAAAGUACUGAGGCUGAGAAGACACAUAGUUUGGAUCAUAGAAAAGCCCGCAGGCAAGAGAACCGUUCAGGCACAAGUGGCCAAAAAGAUGAAAAUAAAAAAGCACAGUGUCCCAACUGCGGGCGCCAGCACGGUCAUAAUAAUUGUCGUGCCGUCAAUGUCACCUGUUUCCAGUGCGGUUCAGUGGGACAUUACGCAAGUUGUUGCAGCAGCAACCGGCGUCCACCAAACUGCGAUCGGCGCGAAUCAGCCCACCCUCGCCCGUCCAGAUAUCCACCACGUGAUGGAAGAGUACACACUGUUGACGAUGAGUAUGACUAUCUUCCUCAACGUUUUGAGACCGGUUUCAAUUUUGAUGAAGACUACGUAGUUCAAGCGCUGGAAACGAAUGGGAGUGAUAAAGAGUGGUUUGAAAACAUUUCAGUAGAUGGCGUGAUGGUUAAGUUCAAACUUGACUCUGGAGCCAGUUGCGACCUCCUGCCGUAUGAGCUGUUCAAGUGUGUCCCUCGAAGCCUUCGCCGUCUUCAGCCGGGGCCAAAAGUUCGAAGUUACGGAGCAAAGGGUGGAUAUUUGUCGGUUGUUGGGGUCUACUGCACGGAAAUUUGCCACAAGAACAAGGUUAACAAAGUAAGCUUCGUAGUGGUGGAUGAGCCGGGACAGCCUGCCAUACUGGGACUUCGCACAUGCGAGCGGCUGAACCUCAUCCACAGAGUGCAUGUGAUAAAGCCGUUGCCUGUUGAUAAGUGUCCUACAAUAGUGUUUGAGUUUAGUGACGUUUUUAGUAACCAGUUGGGAAGGCUGCCAGUAGCGCACGACAUCAAGCUCAUCACGGGAGAAGGUAGGAUCCAGCCAACAGUCUCUGCAGCAAGCCGCCUGCCGUUCAAGUUAGAGAAGACAGUGUUCAACAAGCUUGACGAGAUGGUCAAAAAUCACAUAAUUACACCUGUUACGGAGCCGACUGAGUGGGUAAGCAGAAUGGUGGUUGUCGGAAAGCCAAAUGGAGACGUCCGGGUGUGCUUGGAUCCGUCUGCCCUCAACAAAGCGAUCCAAAGACAACACUUCACGGUGCCCACAGCCGAACAGCUCUUUGCGAAAAUCGGAAACGCCAAGUACUUCUGUAGUCUUGAUGCGGCGUCGGGUUUCUAUCAAAUACCGCUAACAGAAGAAGCGUCUUACCUCUGCACCAUGGCAACACCAAGGGGCCGGUACAGGUUCCUCAGAAUGCCUUUCGGAAUCAAGUCUGCACCAGAAGUUUAUAUAGAAACAAUGGCUAGUUUGUUUGGUGAUUUGAAGGGUGCGCUUAUUUAUUUCGACGAUUUUCUGGUAGUAGGAGAAACACUCCAAGAAGUGGAAGUUAACCUUAGACAAGUGCUCGUUCGCUGCAGAAAGCAUAACCUAAAGCUGCAACUGUCAAAGUGCCGGUUCUUCGAAAAAGAACUCCCCUGGCUAGGACACGUAAUAACGGAAGGGGCACUAAAAGUGGACCCAGAAAAAGUUAAAGCUAUCGUAAACAUGCCGGAGCCCGAAGACAAAAAGGGCCUCGUCCGCCUGCUGGGUAUGGUUACUUAUCUCGACAAGUUUUGUCAGAACCUUGCUAGCCUCACCCGUCCGCUUAGGGAUCUGUUAAAAGAUGACACAGCCUGGACUUGGGAAGAGCCACAGAAGGCGGUCAUGAAGAAGAUUAAGACUGCGGUGACCACGCUUCCAGUGUUACGUCUGUUCGACCCGUCGAAGCCAGUGGUGGUCUCAGCUGACGCCUCGUCUAUAGGAAUCGGGGCUGUAUUGUUGCAGGAUGGCCAACCGGUAGCAUACGCGUCCACCUCUCUUACGCCUACACAAAAGAGAUAUUUUCAAAUUGAAAAGGAGCUGUUGGCGGUCCAGUUUGGGCUUAUGCGCUUUCGGCAGUACGUGUUUGGACAGCCCGUAGUAGUGGAAACGGACCACAACCCGUUAAUUGGUCUGUUGGAAAAGCCAAUAGCCGCCAGUUCUCCCAGAAUACAGCGCAUGAGACUACAACUCCAGCGGUUCGAUUUUAGCCUCCGGUAUAAGCCGGGAAAAGAGUUGUUCGUUGCUGAUGCCCUAAGCAGGGCCCCUGUGCCCAAUCAGUAUCAAGAUGAUGUCACCCAAUUGUGUGAAGAACAAGUGUUCUUCGUGUUACAUCAGAUAGCCCCGGCAGCUGACACACGCGCUCGAUACGCAGAAGCAACGGCGGAGGACCCAACGUUACAGCUAGUAAAGAAACUAACCUUAAAAGGAUGGCCAGACCAUAAAAGCCAAUGCCCGGUUCCUGCAAAACCUUACUGGACAGUGAAACAUGAUAUUGCUGAGGUGGACGGGUUGCUCCUGUAUAAAGAGCGCUUAAUAGUUCCCACGUCACUACGGCAGGAGGUGCUAAAAGGCAUUCACAGUGGCCAUUUCGGCGAAACUAAGUGUGUGUUGAGAGCCAGAUCGGCGAUUUAUUGGCCGGGAUGUGAGGAUCAAGUCAAAAAUGUCGUAGCGAGCUGCAACAUCUGUCAGUCAAAUCGAACCCGCAACCCGUCACAGCCGCUAUACCCCGUAGAACUGCCUGUAUACCCAUUUCAGUUCGUAUCGGCUGAUAUCUUCAAGUUCCAGGGACGGUCAUAUUUGUUGACGGUAGAUGCCUACAGCAAGUGGCCGUGUGCAGCUCAGGUAAAAGAUCUGUCAGCGGCGGCAACAGUUAUGGAGCUUGACAGAAUAUUCGCCGAUUUUGGGUCACCAGAAGUCAUCAAAACAGACAAUGGGACCCACUUCGCAAACGCUGAGAUGAGGGCAUUUUGCGCUCGACAUAACUGCCGCCUCGUAACGUCGAGUCCAGAGUACCCCCGCUCCAAUGGCCUGCCGGAACGUCAUAUCCAAACUGUCAAAAGGACACUUCUGAAGAUGCUUCAAGAAGAGAGAACGCUGUCUGAAGCUUUGGCGGCAAUUCGCUCAACUCCACUGUCAGAGUCCCUUCCGUCGCCAGCGGUGCUGUUGCAAAGCCGAAAUUUGCGCGGUGCUCUGCCGUUCUUACGGCCCAAACUUCAACCGGCAGCAGUCCCAGCAACCAGAGUGGUUCAGCAGCUGCAGAAAAAGCAAGCGGAAGCGUCGUUCUUCCAUAGGUAUGUCCCAGAUAUUCGGUGUUCAUCACUGCGUGUAGGCCAGUACGUGCGAGUACUAGUCUCAGGUAUCUGGCUAAGAGGCGUGGUAACGGAAGUCUGCCCAGAGCCAAACUCAUACCUGGUCAAAACGAGUGAUGGACGUUCCUUCAGGCGCAACAGGAGCGCAAUUAACGUCGACAAGUUGCCACCAGUAGUACGCCGCAUAGCCGACCGUCCUGGUCAGCAAGUCAGCUCCCCUUGGCGAGAUCUGUUGGACGUUCCUAAACGCCGAGUUCUAACACCACAAGGGCCCGCUGGUCGAGUGGUCGCCGAGGAGCCCCGCCAACGAGAACCUAAGCUGGCCAACCAGGUAACACCGACCGUCAGCCCCAACAACAACAACGCUCAACAGGCCGUAGAACCAGCUGGUCGGCAGCAGAGGCUGGUACAGUUUCAAACUCGGUCGGGAAAAGUAUAUUCUAAACAAAACUGA